AUGAGAAUUGUGGGAUAAGGGCGGAAUUCAUUGGACAAGUUUCCGGAUUCCCAGGGUUGGCCUGUGGCGGCGGGGUGAACGAAAGCGAGGAUAAAACUUCAUCGUUUGUGUUACAUCGCUUAUUAAGCAGAGGACUCUCAGUAGUGGCCAUGUCUCAGUCUGGAGAGAAGGGAAAGGUGAGACCCGCGGAGCUGAUGGAGGAGUACAGCGCUGCUCCACCAUCUCAGUUCACAGAGGCGGCAGGCUAUGUGGGCUUUGCUAACCUCCCCAAUCAAGUGCACAGGAAAUCAGUGAAGAAAGGUUUCGAGUUCACUCUCAUGGUUGUAGGGGAGUCCGGUUUAGGUAAAUCGACUCUGAUCAACAGCCUGUUUCUGACCGACCUUUACCCCGAGCGCUACAUACCUGGAGCUGCAGAGAAGAUUGAGCGCACAGUGCAGAUCGAGGCGUCAACGGUGGAGAUUGAGGAACGCGGUGUGAAACUGCGGCUCACUGUCGUGGACACUCCUGGAUAUGGAGACGCCAUCAACAGCCAAGACUGUUUUAAGACCAUCAUCCAGUACAUUGAUAACCAGUUUGAGCGCUACCUACAUGAUGAGAGUGGCCUGAAUCGCAGACACAUCGUGGACAACAGAGUCCACUGCUGCUUCUACUUCAUCUCUCCGUUUGGACACGGAUUGAAGCCAUUGGACGUUGAAUUUAUGAAGGCCAUACACAGUAAGGUGAACAUUGUGCCAGUCAUCGCCAAAGCAGACACACUAACUUUGAAGGAGAGGGAUCGUCUUAAGAGAAGGAUCCUGGAUGAGAUCUCUGAGCACGGCAUUCGCAUCUACCAACUUCCUGACGCAGACUCGGACGAGGAUGAGGAGUUCAAGGAGCAGACACGUGUUCUCAAGGCCAGUAUUCCAUUUGCAGUGAUUGGCUCCAACCAGCUGAUCGAGGUGAAGGGGAAGAAGAUCCGCGGCCGUCUGUACCCGUGGGGUGUGGUCGAGGUGGAGAACCCUGAACACAACGACUUCCUCAAGCUGCGUACCAUGCUGGUAACACAUAUGCAAGACCUUCAGGAGGUGACCCAGGACCUCCACUAUGAGAACUUCCGCUCUGAGAGGCUCAAGAGAGCUGGCAGAGCUGUGGAAGAGGAAGGAAUGGACAAAGAUCAGAUCCUGCUGGAGAAAGAGGCUGAGUUGAGGCGAAUGCAGCAGAUGAUCGCUCAGAUGCAGGCCCAGAUGAAGAUGAAGCCUGGAGAUGACUGAGACCUGAAGACGGGGGCGGUGUGUGCGUGUGCCUGCGUGUGUGUGUGUGCGUGUGCCUGUGUGUGUGUGUGUGUGUGUGUGGUGUCGUCCAUCUGUAACUCUCCCGCACACUGCCCCCUCAGUCCACAACGACCCGCCCUAUUUUGAUUGACAAGUGAUCUGUCACACCUGGACUCCGCCCACAUGGAUCUUUUCACCAACCACAAGACACCAGCAAGGAACAUAAUAGCCAGAAUUGGCAAAGUGCUAGACAAUCCUACGAUACACUUCACAUCACACAUCCAUACACACAUCACACACAAGUACACUACAAUUACAUGACCUCAUUGUUCUACUAACUUUAACAAAAUUAACAAAGAAAUAUUUUUUCUACUAUGCAUCAUGCAUAACAUGUGCAUACAUACACACACACACACACACACACACACACAUAUAUACAAACUUACACACACACACACACACACAUAUACAAACUUACACAAACGUACACACUCACCCUAACGUUGUACAGGGUUGGUUACUUACAUAUCUUAAUUGUGAUUUUUUUUGUUUUUUAAAUACGCACCAGCACUAGUGGUAAACUCAAGAUUAGAACCAUCUUGUCAGUUACCACUAUGUUUUGUCUGUAAUACUGUAACAGAUAUUGAUUUAUGAAACAUUGUUGUCAGCAGGUAUCCAGUGAUAUGCCUUUAAUGUAAUUAACAUGUCACAGCAUGGCAUCUUAAUCGGUACGAGUGAGCAGAAGACUAGAGGAUGCAGGAUGGAAGGGAAGCUAAAGUGUUGAAAUGUGUCAACGUUUACACAGUUGCUUGUGUCAUUGAAGAAAAGCUGAUUUUUCCACUAGUUCUCUAUGUGUCUGCUCGAGAAAUGUGUCCAAGGCUGUCCUCCUUCAGAGAGCGUGUGUGUGUGUGUGUGUGUGUGUGUGUGUCUGUCUGUCAGGGAGAGAGAGGGGGGAAGUAGAGGUCUAGUGGUACGUCUCAGCCCCAGCACCUUUGUCUAGACGCAGCAGACAUGGAACACUGCCUAUGGUGCCUUGCAUCGGACACUGGCAAGUCAACACCGCCAUCUUGUGGCUUGUAGUGGAACUUACUGCUAAAUAUGUAUUCAGUGAUUACUGCCUGUAGUCUCACCAGUGUCCCUUUAUUUUAUCAGGUUAUAUUCGAUCUGGGAGAGAAAUGUAUGGGUCAUGUAAUAAGUGCACAGUGAGAUCACUGUUUCAAUUUCCUGAUUGACAAAAUGACUAAUUUUGGGUAUUGGCACUGUCAUUACUUAAGGUUUGUUGUUAAAAGGUAGAUUUUGAGAAUCAGACUUUAAGAAUUAGAUCAUCAGAAAGAUAUUUAUUCAGUGACAGUUUCUUGGAAUGGAAUAAUUCAUCUCAUUUAUCUGAGAUGAUGGCUUCAUCCUUCAUCUCAGAUAAAUGCCCUUUAAGCACAACUACUUACAAGUUCAAGGUUUGUCAGCAUAGCGCCACUAUUAUAUAUAUAUAUA